UUUUAUCUAUUUUUAAAUAAAUAAAGAACAAACAAAUACUUAGCAAUUUUUGAAAAUUUUCAACUUUAUCCAUCGUUUUUUGUUGACAAGGUGCCCGACCGACUAGAUACGAGAGUUUACUUUCUUUCGUGUUUCACAUCAAUCUGGCAAAAUGGUCAAAGCAAAGUGCGCCGAACUUCGUAAGAAGGACAAGAAGGAGUUGAAGAAACUCCUGGAGGAAUUCAAACAUGAAUUAAUGUCUCACAGAGUUGCCAAGGUGACCGGAGGAUCUGCCAGUAAAUUGUCGAAAAUCCGAGUUCUCAGAAAAGCCAUUGCCCGCGUGCAUAUUGUUAUGCAUCAAAAGCAAAAGGAAAAUCUUCGACUUUUGUACAAGAAUAAGAAAUACAAGCCAUUGGACUUGAGGCCAAAGAAGACGAGGGCCAUUCGCAGGAAACUCACACCUUAUCAGGCAAAUCUCAAGCCUUUAAAGGCCGUCAGAAAAAUGUCUACGUUCCCUCAAAGGAAAUUUGCUUUGAAAGCGUAAACUAAAUUAUUAUGAAUGAGAGUAAUUUUUUGUAUAUCUAAUUUCACUUCAAUUAAAAAGAAUUUUGAAAAUCCAAA